AUGCUGGGUGUUGUGUGCUGGGCAAUGAUCUGACUGUCCCUUUAGGACAUGUCGCUUGCAGGAGCCUGACUCUGCUCUGCCUGUCCUGCUGGGCUCACGAGCUGCCCCCAGAAAGGCUCAGGUCUGCUGUAGGAUCCCAGCAGUGCUGAGCCUUUCCUUGGGGUCCGCACUGUCCUCUCAGAGUUCUUUGCUUCACUCGGUGAGAGGUCGGGUCCUGCUCUCUCCAUCACAUCUCCGACAGUGGGCUGGAACAGAGAACAGUUUGCAGAUCUGCCCUUUCAAACAAUGCUCCCCCGCUCCCAUAUGAGUCCAAAUAUUUGGGGUUUUUUAAGGAGUAAUUUGUGUGUGAAGUCAUCUUCAAAGUAGCACAAGCAAAGGCACAGGAGCGAUGGCAAGAAGACUGAUGGACUCUUCUGCUGUCCUGACUCUGCACUGAGCCACAGAAAGAUGAGCCCUUUCGCCUGUCCUCUCUCAAGACUCUUCACAUUUUACCUCAUAAAGAUGAAGAUUUUGACCCCUACAAAAACCCAGUCACGGGAUGUGAUGGUGAAAAACUAAAAACACAGACAAAAUCAUUACAAAGACAUGUUAAAACACGGCUCUGCUUCCCGUGCUUUUCAGUGUCAAGAGUGCAGAUACUGACGAUUUCCAUUAACAAUGCAUAAAAUCGGACACCGCUUGUGAACGUUGGAGCUGCCACAACCCAGCUCCCGUGUCCCCAGUGCAGCAGAGCAGAGCUGGCUGCUUGGCAGCACACGGGCAGAGGUUCUGCUGCUCACAGCACACUCAGCCAGCACAGACCAGAGAAAGGAAACGCAUUUCAGUUGGGGUGAUGUUAAUGAAAAAGAGAGUAGUUUUGCUCCGUGGAGUCUGUCCUAAUAUUAAGUUGUUGUUUCCUUUUUUGAACAGAGAAACAGCCAAUGUCCAACAGCAGCUCCAUCACCCAGUUCCUCCUCUUGCCAUUCACAGACACACGGGAGCUGCAGCUCUUGCACUUCUGGCUCUUCCUGGGCAUCUACCUGGCUGCCCUCCUGGGCAACGGCCUCAUCAUCACCACCAUAGCCUGUGACCAGCACCUCCACACCCCCAUGUACUUCUUCCUCCUCAACCUCUCCCUCCUUGACUUGGGCUCCAUCUCCACCAUUGUCCCCAAAUCCAUGGCCAAUUCCCUUUGGGACACCAGGACUAUCUCCUAUCGAGGAUGUGCUACACAGCUCUUUUUUUUUCUCUCCUUGAUCUCUGUUGAGUAUUCCCUUCUCACCAUCAUGGCCUAUGACCGCUACGUUGCCAUCUGCAAACCCCUGCGCUACGGGACCCUCCUGGGCAGCAGAGCUUGUGUGCACAUGGCAGCAGCUGCCUGGGCCAGUGGCUUUCUCAACACUUUUCUACACACGGUCAACACAUUUUCACUGCCACUCUGCAAGGGCAAUGCUGUGGACCAGUUCUUCUGCGAAAUUCCUCAUAUCCUCAAGCUCUCCUGCUCACACUCCUACCUCAGGGAAGUGUGGCUUCUUGUUGUUAGCUCCUGUUUAGUCUUUGGGUGUUUUGUGUUCAUUGUGGUGUCCUAUGUGCAGAUCUUCAGGGCCGUGCUGAGGAUCCCCUCUGAGCAGGGACGGCACAAAGCCUUUUCCACGUGCCUCCCUCACCUGGCCGUGGUCUCCCUGUUUGUCAGCACUGGUAUUUUUGCUCACCUGAAGCCCCCUUCCAUCUUCUCCCCAAACCUAGAUCGGGUGGUGUCCGUUCUGUACUCGGUGGUGCCUCCAGCAGUGAACCCCCUCAUUUACAGUAUGAGGAACAAAGAGAUCAAGGAUUCCCUGAGGAAAUUAUUUGACCAAGGAAUACUGCAGUAUCAAUAAGCAGUCUAUCAUCCUCAGGAGAAAGCUUGGAGGCUUUUUUUAACAUAUAUGUCUUGGUUUUCUUUUUGUUUAAUAUACUUCAAAUCAUAUUCCCACUGAAAGAAUAUUAUUUAUUGCCCUCUACCAGUGUUUUGUGGUGUAAAGUCCUCAUAUACAAAUGGAGCAUUGCUCCCAGUGCAGGUAAACACAGUAAAGAAACCAGCAGG